UGCCUUACAAAGCGGUCAAUGGUAUGUUUUACUGUAUGUAUAAGAAAGUCGGCAAGUACUCGACCGUUAUCCUAGGCACCUUUUCCAAUCUUCUUCUUAAUUACUUCUUUAUAAUCUAGCCUAGCCUGAGACGCAGCUUACGAUGGCGCCCGUCGCAGUCUCCCCCAAUACCACCACCGACUUUGUUACCACACCCAAUACUCUCCACGACGUCAUCGCUCAAGCUGUUGACCGGUAUCCGUUACAUGAGCUUGGCUUCGUAACCUCCUCGGCACAUGACUCCUCCAUUCAGACGAAGACCUUCGGCGCGUUCAACCAAUAUGUUCGCAAACUUGCACGGGCCAUGCUCGAGUUGGGGAAACCCACAGGCUCAAUUAUCGUCGUGUACCUGACGGAGCAUGAAGAUAACAUGGCUGCUGUCUGGGCGUGUCUUCUUGCUGGCUAUCUGCCCUGCUUACAGCCCGCACUUAGCGCACAACAAGCGCACAAGGAGGCCCAUGUUGCGCAUCUCAAGGAAUUGUUUGGGUCUGCAACUUGGCUGACCAGUGAGCUUGGGGCUGAGCAGAUCACCUCCAUUCUUGGUCUGGAGGUUCACUUGUUCUCCCGAUUGAAAUCAUCAGGGGAGAAAUUUACUGUAGCAGCUGACUGGGUCGCAUACGAGGCUAAGCCGGACGACGAUGCCAUGCUGUUCCUGACCUCAGGGUCGACUGGGUUCUCGAAAGCGGUCGUCCACACGCACCGUACCAUCCUUGCUGCAUGUCGUGCGCAGGGGCAAAACUACGGCCUUUCUUCUGAAUCUCAAGUGUUGAACUGGGUCGGUUUUGAUCACGUCGGGGGAUCACUAACAUUUCACAUCACACCUCUUCUAUAUGGUGCUUCGCAACUCCACGUGCACGCAUCUGUUGUUAUUACUGAUCCCCUUCGGCUGCUACGUCUGAUCGACGAAAAAUCACUCGAACUGGCUUAUGCCCCGAACUUUCUGCUCUCCAAGCUCACUCGUGAUCUGGAGAAGCGCACAGACCUCUUCGGAUGCUUCGACCUGUCCUCCAUCAAGCGGAUCAACAGCGGAGGUGAAGCUAUUGUUACCAAGACCGCGCAAGCCUUUGUUGCUAUGAUGAAAAGGUUUAGCAAGAACCCCUCUGCCGUGUCCUUUGUGAUCGCCUCUGGGUUUGGAAUGACAGAAACUUGUGCCGGAUGUAUUUACAACUACCCUGUAGAUGUCCUCACGACUGAGCAUACUCGCGAAUUUCUUGAUCUCGGACGUCCCAUCAAUGGUUGCGAGAUGCGCGUCGUGGACCCUACGGAUGGCACUACCCUGCGCCCCGAUGGUGAGAGCGGCGAGCUUCAGAUUCGUGGACCGAUGGUCUUCGUACGCUACUACAACAAUGCCAAGGCUACGUCCUCUAGCUUUGUUGAGGGCGGCUGGUACCGCACUGGCGAUGUUGGCAUCAUCGAGAAUGGUGUCAUGCGUCUUGGUGGUCGUAUCAAGGACACCAUCAUCGUUCAUGGUGUCUCAUACGGUAUCCCUGAGCUCGAAACCAACCUCCAGACCGUUGAAGGGGUCACGCACUCGUUCCUCGCUGCUGCUCCCUACCGCGCUCCUGGCCAGGAGACUGAAGGCUUCAUCAUUUUCUACUCCCCAACUUUUGACCUUGAUGGAACAGAUGCCUCCACCAAGCUCUUCGCCACGCACCGUGCCCUGCGGGAUAUCUGUGUGAAGAUGAUCACCCUGCCACCUCAGUUCAUCAUCCCAAUCCCUGUGAACCAGAUGGAGAAGACUACUCUCGGAAAACUAUCUCGUGCGCGUCUCAUGAGUCUGUUCAAGCAAGGCCAGCUUGCGGAACACAUCACCCGCUCUGAGGAGCUUCUCAGUGAGGCACGGAGUAUUUCCUUCAUCGCCCCAUCCACCGAUGCGGAAAAGGCGCUUGUUAAGAUAUUUGCUGGGAUCUUCAACCUCGCAGAAAGCGAAGUGUCGGUGAGCGACAACUUCUUCGAGAUCGGCGGUACUUCUCUUGAUGCUAUCCGGCUCAAGCGCGAAGGAGAGGAAUACUUCGGCCUUCCUGACAUCCCUCCCAUCCAAAUCCUGAAGCACCCCGUUCUCUCGAGCCUGGCCAACUACGUCAACUCCUUGCUCUCCAAGGGCACCCAGACUGAGGAGUACGACCCCAUCGUCCCCCUUUCAGUGACCGGAAAUAAGACGCCAGUCUUCUUCGUUCACCCUGGUGUCGGAGAGGUCCUCAUUUUCGUCAAUCUUGCCAAAUACUUCCAGAAUGAGCGUCCCUUCUACGCGUUCCGUGCUCGUGGCUUCGAACCUGGCCACCCUUUCCUCACCUCCAUGGAUGAGAUGACUUCUUGCUAUGCCGCAGCAGCCAAGAGGAUUCAGGCGACAGGACCUUACGCUAUCGCGGGCUACAGUUAUGGCGGUGUUGUCGCGUUUGAAGUUGCCAAGCGGCUCGAGGCCAUGGGCGAGGAAGUGAGGUUAUUCGCUCCGAUCAACAUUCCUCCUAAUAUCUCCAGCCGCAUGCAUGAGCUUGAUUGGACGGCCGCCUUGCUCUCCUUGGCGGCCUUCCUCGGUUUCGUGUCGAAACAUUAUGCUGAUGAUCCGCCUCCUUCCCUGAGGCUGCUCGCGAGGCAGGAGCAGCUCGAGUUCGUGUGGAAGUUGUCGCCUCCUCAACGUAUCGCUGAGCUCCAGCUGACGAUCGAGAAGUUGGAAAAAUGGACGGACGUCGCCAAGUCUCUCAUCAAUUGUGGACUAGACUACAACCCAUCAGGCUCAGUUUCUGCAAUCGAUGUUUUUUACACAACUCCCUUUGCCGGUUCUAGAGUUGACUGGCUCAACAACCAGCUCAAGCCAUGGACUGGUUGGAGCCGCGGCGAGGCAUGGUCUGGCUUCAGCCGCGGUGAUGUAUCGUAUAUUGAGGUGCCUGGGGAACACACGACGCUCCUGGACUUUGAAUACGUCCCACACUUCCAGAAGACCUUCCGCAGUCGUCUUGAGGCUCGUGGGCUGUAGACGUGUGGGGUGGCAUAUUCCGAUUAUGUAUUGUCUUGCGUCGGUAUAUUAUUCAACUACAGGUGAUACGGCUUAUCAGCUGGGUAAUUUCAUAGCUUGUUUCUUUAUCCAUGUGCAUCUUGGAUCCCGAAAACAGAUUCUGCGGACGGAUUUAAAGCCGUUGUGCUCACUAACGUCGAUAUCGCGGUGUAUGGGAUGUGAUAUCUGAGCUAUGCUUACCGUUCUAUCAUAGAAAUUGGGAGACAAUGACACCCAACAAGGUCCGAGCUCAAGACAUGCUUUACCACUAUGUAAAUCAACUGACGUUUUUGAGCC